AUGGCUGGUCCACAUCAGUCAUCAAAUACAUAUAGGUCAAGAGAACAAGACCAACAGACAGAGCUUGGAAGUAAUACGCAUCAUCCCAGCAUCAGGGGAACUUUGCAAGAAAAGAUCAACACUUUGGAAAAGAUAGAUAAGGCCCAGCAGCGAACAAUUGUAUUACAAGACAGACUACUGGAUGAUGGUAAAAUACGCCUGCAGACAUUAGAGAUGGCAACCUACAAUGGGACUUUUAUCUGGAAAAUUGACAAAGUGGCUAGCAAAUGCUACAAUGCAAGAUCUAUCUUACGGUCGCCGCAGUUUCAUACCAGUCACAAUGGUUACAAGAUGUGUGUGCUGCUAGAGUUGAAUGAUGAGAAUAAUAGACAAAAUGCAACAAUGUCCCUAUACUUUACACUGAUGAAGGGGACAUGUGACGCCAAUCUUGAAUGGCCAUUCAAACACAAGGUAACAUUUAUGCUAUUAAAUCAGAAUGAAGACGAUCAUAUUGCGGACACAUUCCAACCUAACCUGACAUCCGCCACUUUUCAAAGGCCAGUCUCAGAGAUGAAUAUUGCUACAGGAUGUCCAAGUUUCACUAAUCUUAUGUUGCAACUAGGAGACGUACGUUAUAUACAAAAUGAUGAGAUGUUUUUGAAGAUCAUUGUUGAUAUAUCAGAUUUGACAGAGUAG